AUGGCUGGGGUUUUAGAAAACGCAAGGAAAGAAAUUAAACGUCUUUCUAUCGAUGAUCAAAAAGAAGGACUGUAUGGACAAAUUUAUUCAGUUUCCGGUCCUGUUGUCGUUGCCGAAAACAUGAUUGGUUGUGCGAUGUAUGAGUUAGUGAAAGUUGGUCAUGAUAAUUUAGUUGGAGAAGUUAUUAGAAUUAAUGGAGAUAAAGCAACUAUUCAAGUUUAUGAAGAAACUGCAGGUGUUACUGUUGGAGAUCCUGUUUUAAGAACAGGUGCACCUUUGUCAGCAGAAUUGGGACCUGGUUUGUUGGAUACAAUUUAUGAUGGUAUUCAAAGACCUUUAAAAUCUAUUAAAGAUGAAACUAAUUCUAUUUAUAUCCCAAGAGGUAUUGAUGUUCCUGCUUUAUCAAGAACUGCAAAAUAUGAUUUUAAACCAGAACAAUUGAAAGUUGGAGAUCAUAUCACUGGAGGUGAUAUUUUUGGCUCAGUUUUCGAAAAUUCGUUAUUAGAUGACCAUAAGAUCUUAUUGCCACCAAGAGCAAGAGGUACUAUAACAUCAAUUGCAGAAGUAGGAUCAUAUAAUGUGGAAGACACGGUGUUGGAGUUAGAAUUUGAUGGUAAAAAACAUAAAUAUUCAAUGAUGCAUACUUGGCCAGUAAGAGUCCCUAGACCAGUUGCUGAGAAGUUAACUGCUGAUUAUCCUUUAUUAACAGGUCAAAGAGUGUUAGAUUCCUUGUUUCCUUGUGUUCAAGGUGGUACAACUUGUAUUCCAGGUGCUUUUGGUUGUGGAAAAACCGUAAUUUCACAAUCUUUAUCGAAGUUCUCCAACUCAGACGUCAUUAUCUACGUGGGCUGCGGAGAACGAGGCAACGAAAUGGCAGAGGUGUUGAUGGAGUUUCCUGAGCUAUACACUGAAAUUGACGGUCGAAAAGAGCCUAUUAUGAAAAGAACAACUUUAGUUGCAAAUACAUCAAAUAUGCCGGUCGCAGCAAGAGAAGCAUCAAUUUAUACAGGUAUUACAUUAGCAGAAUACUUCAGAGAUCAAGGUAAAAACGUUUCUAUGAUUGCUGAUUCAUCAUCUCGUUGGGCAGAGGCCUUGAGAGAAAUUUCAGGUAGAUUAGGAGAAAUGCCUGCAGAUCAAGGUUUCCCUGCUUAUUUAGGUGCUAAAUUAGCUUCAUUCUAUGAAAGAGCAGGUAAAGCAACAGCAUUAGGGUCACCUGAUAGAAUAGGUUCUGUAUCUAUCGUUGCAGCUGUGUCACCAGCAGGUGGUGAUUUUUCAGAUCCGGUUACUACAUCUACUUUAGGUAUUACACAAGUAUUUUGGGGUUUAGAUAAAAAGUUAGCACAAAGAAAACAUUUCCCAUCAAUUAAUACAGCAGUUUCAUAUUCAAAAUAUACUAAUGUUUUAAAUAAAUAUUAUGAUGAAAAUUAUCCAGAUUUCCCACAAUUAAGAAAUAAAAUAAAAGAAAUUUUAUCAAAUGCUGAAGAAUUGGAACAAGUUGUUCAAUUAGUUGGUAAAUCUGCUUUGAGUGAUUCAGAUAAAAUUACUUUAGAUGUUUCAGCAUUGAUAAAAGAAGACUUUUUACAACAAAAUGGUUAUUCCACUUAUGAUCAAUUCUGCCCCAUAUGGAAGACUUAUGAUAUGAUGAAGGCUUUUAUUGGUUAUUAUGAUGAAGCUCAAAAAGCCGUUGCUAAUGGAGCUCAAUGGUCAAAAUUAAGUGAACAAACUGGUGAUGUUAAACAUGCUGUUUCUUCAGCUAAAUUUUUUGAACCAUCAAAUGGUGAAAAAGAAGGUGAAAAAGAGUAUGGAGAAUUAUUAACUAAAAUAUCGGAAAGAUUCGCUGAAGCCUCAGAAUAA